AUGGAGCGCACCCAUAGUCCCAAAAGGCGCAAACUCGCCGGAGACUUCCAUCACUCUCAGACCGAGUCGAAUGAAGAUCUGGCGCCGGCUCUGAAGCCUCAACAUCCCUCUAAGUCUCGUUUUGCGAGAGCGUCCGACCGAAGCCAUAGUCGAGAUCCGAGGCCUACGCCCCGGCAGGAAGAGUUCGAUGGGCCGGAACCAUUUUUCAACGAUGAAGACACUACCGCAUUGGACCGGGAUUGGUAUGAAGGCGACGAAUUCGGCCAUGCAUUUGGCGACGAAACUCACAAUCCCUUCGGCGGAGCAGAUUUGGCAUGGGCGGACAGACAACGUGAACAAGCGCUGGUCGACAAGAAACUGGGGAAGCGCAUCACUGCCAAAGCAGCGCAAAAACAAAGAGAAGUGGACGCAUGGGAGGCGAAUCGCAUGGUGACGUCGGGAGUUGCGCAAAGACGCGACCAAGGUCAGGACUUUGAUGAUGAAGAGUCGGUCCGUGUUCACUUGUUGGUUCACGAGUUGAAGCCCCCCUUUCUGGAUGGGAAGACGAUCUUCACAAAGCAAAUCGAUCCAGUGCCAGCGGUGCGGGAUUCGCAAAGCGACAUGGCGGUCUUCGCCCGCAAAGGCAGCAAAGUCGUCCGGGAGCGGAGACAGCAAAAAGAGCGGCAGAAACAAGCACAGGAUGCCACAAAUGUUGCCGGGACUGCCUUGGGCAACAUCUUGGGCGUCAAGGAGGACGAAGGUGAUAGUGCGGCCGCAUUGCCUGGGGAGGAUCCCGGGACUGGGAAAAGCAAAUUUGCUUCCCAUCUCAAAAAGAACGCUGGGACCUCGGCAUUCAGCAGAAGCAAGACUCUGAAGGAACAGAGAGAAUACCUACCUGCCUUCGCCGUGAGAGAAGAGCUCAUGCGUGUGAUUCGGGACAACCAAGUUAUUAUUGUGGUUGGGCAGACUGGCUCCGGCAAGACUACCCAGCUGACUCAAUUUCUCUACGAGGAGGGCUAUGGUGAGCAGGGCUUGAUCGGCUGCACUCAGCCUCGAAGGGUUGCCGCAAUGAGUGUUGCAAAGCGUGUCAGUGAGGAGAUGGAAGUUGACCUGGGCGGUCUGGUCGGCUAUGCCAUUCGCUUUGAGGACUGUACCAGCGAUGAGACGGUAAUCAAAUAUAUGACAGAUGGUGUAUUGCUUAGAGAAUCUCUCACGCAAAGAGAUCUAGACAAAUACUCCUGCCUCAUCAUGGAUGAAGCGCAUGAACGGGCUCUCAACACUGACGUUCUCAUGGGCCUGAUCAAAAAGGUGCUCGCUCGCCGCAGAGAUCUCAAGUUGAUCGUCACGUCUGCCACCAUGAAUUCGGAACGGUUUUCUCGAUUUUAUGGCGGAGCGCCCGAGUUCAUCAUCCCUGGCCGCACAUUCCCCGUUGACAUUCAAUUUUCUCGCUCUCCAUGUGAGGACUACGUUGACAGUGCGGUCAAGCAAACCUUGGCUAUCCACGUCUCGCAGGGACCAGGUGACAUCCUUGUUUUCAUGACCGGCCAAGAGGACAUUGAAGUCACCUGCGAACUGAUCGAGGAAAGGCUCCGGCUGCUGGUGGACCCUCCAAAACUGCUGGUGCUACCCAUCUAUUCUCAGAUGCCCGCAGACCUGCAGGCCAAAAUCUUCGAUCCUGCACCCCCCGGCGUCCGCAAAGUCGUCGUGGCUACCAACAUUGCCGAGACCUCUUUGACCGUCGACGGGAUAAUGUAUGUUGUGGAUGCCGGCUACUCAAAAUUAAAGGUGUAUAAUCCUAGGAUGGGUAUGGAUACACUACAAAUCACCCCCGUCUCCCAGGCCAAUGCCUCUCAGAGAGCCGGCCGAGCAGGUCGUACUGGGCCGGGCAAGGCUUUUCACCUCUACACGGAGCCAGCGUUCAAGAACGAGCUUUACAUCCAGACCAUUCCUGAGAUUCAACGUACCAAUCUGGCAAAUACGGUCCUCUUGCUCAAGUCACUCGGCGUCAAGGAUUUGCUGGAGUUCGACUUUAUGGAUCCUCCGCCUCAGGACACAAUCACCACAUCGCUUUUCGACCUCUGGGCCCUGGGCGCACUGGACCAUGUCGGCGAUCUGACGGCUAUUGGCCGAACCAUGACCGCGUUUCCUAUGGACCCUUCCCUUGCCAAAAUGCUGAUCACCUCUUCGAUGGAGUAUGGUUGUAGCGAGGAAAUGCUAACAAUUGUGAGCAUGCUUUCGGUGCCGUCUGUAUUUUACAGGCCGAAAGAGCGGCAAGAUGAGGCAGACGCCGCGAGAGAAAAGUUCUUCGUACACGAAUCGGACCACCUCACAUUGCUCCACGUCUACAUUCAAUGGAAAAGCAAUGGUUUCAGCGAUGCCUGGUGUAUACGACACUUUCUACACCCCAAAUCACUGCGACGGGCGAAGGAAAUUAGAGAGCAACUGCACGAUAUCAUGGUCGGCCAGCAAAAGAUGGAACUGGUCUCGUGUGCUACGGAUUGGGACGUGAUCCGAAAGUGCAUCUGCUCGGGUUACUACCAUCAAGCUGCCCGUCGGAGGGGUGUAGGAGAGUACAUCAAUCUUCGGACCAGUGUGACCGUCCAGCUCCAUCCUACAUCCGCUCUUUAUGGGCUUGGGGACCCGCCCGACUAUGUGGUCUACCACGAAUUGAUUUUGACAAGCAGGGAAUACAUGAGUUGCGUGACGGCCGUCGACCCUCACUGGCUCGCCGAUCUCGGUGGCGUUUUUUAUAGCUUGAAGUCCAAGGAGUACAGCGGAAGAGAAAAGCGGAUCAUCGAGAGCGAAUUCAAUCGAAAGAUGGAGAUCGAGAAACAGAUGGCAGAGGAUCGAGCGAGAGAAGAAAAGCGGCGUCAGGAAGAAGAGGAGAAGGAACGGCUACUUGCGGGAAGGACCAAGAGCAGUGGCGUGGUGGUCAAGAAGAUGGGAAGCCAUGGAGUGGUGAAGAAGCCGGUGAUUCCCAGGCGACGCAUGGGGUUCUGA